UGAAGGCGUCUCGCGCACUUAAAGGCACAGGUAGGGGUUUUGCUCGCGCGCCGGGGUAAGUAGCGAGAACUUUGUAUUACAUCUAUCCUAAAACGAGAGACCUCAGUUUUAAGUCAUCUAUUUCAUUAAGUGCAGCAGAACAACAUUUUCAGAUGUGUCUUUAACAAGGGAAAAGCUUCAAAUACCUAUUUUAACCUUACAUAAAAUAGCGUGUAUACAACAAGCGCAGAAAUAGAGGAACUGCUGCAUGUAUCUCAUGACCGCCAGGAUAUUGGGUGUUUGAAAUGCUCAGUUCCUUCAGUUCCUUCCUUAAAGGAGUGCUGUUUGGCAGCCUCUUCUGCCUGAUGUUCUCCUACCUCACCGACCUCAGGCAGCCGGCGCAGCCAUCUACUAUAAGGGACCAUUUUCACCAUCACAUCAAGGCCUCCAGCAAGGAGGCACUGAUCCAGAUGCCGGACUCUGUGAAGCUGGAGAUGAGCCACAGUGUGCGGGUGUAUUGCAUCAUCAUGGUGCGGCCCAAGAUCCUCACUAGCUGGGCCGCAACGAAAGACACGUGGAGCAAGCACUGUGACAGAGCGGUCUUCUACACCUCGGAGUCGUCCAAGGCCCUGGAGGCGGUAGAUCUGCAGGAAGAAGACGAGUGGGUGAAGAUGCGCAAGGCCCUGACGCACGCCUACAAUAAUGCCGGCGACCUGCGCUGGUUCUUUGUGGCUCAACCCACCACUUUCGCCAUCAUUGAGAACCUGAAGUACCUCGUGCUGGACAAGGACCCCGGGCAGCCAUUCUACAUCGGCAACGUGCUGAAGUCGGGGGACCUGGAGUAUGUGGAGUACAGCAGCGGCAUCGUGCUGAGCUUCGAGGCUCUGGGGCGCCUGGUCCUCGCCUUUCAGGAUGCGCUUAAGUGUCCCCUGAACAGCCACUCGCUGUGGAAGCGCACCGAGGAGAAAGAGCUGGCUGUGUGCCUGAAGUACACGGGGGUGUUUGCCGAGAACGGGGAGGACGCGCUGGGCAAGGGGCUUUUCAACAGCAAGAGCGUGGGGGCGCUCAUCACGGACAGCUUAUCGAAGAAUCCCACAGAGGUGGUUCACGGCUGCUGUCCCGAUCUGGCCAUCACCUUCAACGACAUGACACCUGAGCAGAUGCACGUCAUGAUGUUCGGCGUGUACAGGCUGCGGCCUUAUGGGCACGACUUCCAUGACUCUCUCAUGAUCUUGCCUCCUGAGGGGUCAGAUAAUGAUUGAUUGCGACUAACUACAGUCUCUAGUCCAGGGGUCUCAAACUCCAGUCCUGGGGGGGCCGGAGCCCUGCACAUUUUUGGGUUUCCCCUCGUUUAACACACCUGAUUUAACUCUGUGCUAAUUGCAACACAGCUCUUGAGCUGAAUCAUCUGUGGUGGAACAGGAAAAGAACUAAGCUACACAGGGCUCCGGCCCGCCAGGACUGGAGUUUGAGACCCCUGCUCUAGUCGCUUUAACUUGUUGGACUUUUUGAUACACAAAGGACUGGCCGUGCCUUAUGAAAGUAUUUUAGUUUUGUUUUUGACAAUGUUUUGUUUUUGAAGGAAUGCAAAGCAAGCCACGCAAAAUUUCUUGUCCAAACCAGCAUGGGGAGUUUUUUUAUUUUUUAUAUAGCCUUUAGCUGUUUGGAGGUCAAAGUCUGCCUCGCCCCGCAGUGAGCAUAUGUCACUAGUUUGUUUUUUAACCGGAUUUUAUAUUGAAAUUACAAUAAAUUAUGUUUGGCUUUCCAGCAAAGCCACUAUGCAAAUAUAAAGCAUGAACUUCAACAUGUUGUUCAAACAGAAGGUAUUGUUUAAUGUUUUUGCAGAAUCCAAAGUCAGUUUUUCAUGUAUAUCCAGCACCUUGUCUGUUGUCUAAAACAACAGAUAGCAAAGAAUGUGGAAAUGGAAACUAACCAGCUCAGGACAAUAAAACAUGACAGACUGUGAGGAAUGAUAGAACAAUGACCUUGGGUCUGACGUACAGCAGUGAGCAAACGGUGACAUGUGUAAUGUCAUUUAGUGAUAAUAUCCAGCUGUUUCUGUUGUGGGAAAAAAAACAUAAAUUCAGGCUUCUUUUUCUGCUACAUACUGUGAACGUUAAACAUAAUUUAAAUUUGUGUGGGGAGAAAAGAGCAGCUCAGUAAGAAUGAAAGACCCUUUCAUUCACGUUGCCAUUCUUUGUGUUACUUCAGUUGUUUGCCCUCCAGUAGUAGUUUGCAACUCCAGUACUCACUUGUGUUAAUAGUGUUUCCAGGGACACCCUCACUCCUGUUCCUCUUCCCGAUCAUUUGAAUGUCAGGAUUGUCGUUUCCUGAUUUAAAUGUUGUCACUUUUAUGAGUCCGUGGUAUAUAAAUAUGUUGUGUGAUUCGCCUGAAAUUUUUUCUGAAUCCUCUAUCAAUGUGACUUUAAUUGACCACUUUGUUAUCCAAGUUAUUGUGCUGUCUCUCUUAUAGCUCAAACACAUUUCACUAUAUUUACAAUCCAGUAAUGCAUUAUUAAAUAAUGCAUAUUAUAUAUGUUUAAUAGUUACCUGGUCCAGGGUGAUAGUAAAGUAAGUGAUUAUGGAGGUUGGCUAAAUUAAUAAUUUUAUUUAUGUGAUACUGGAGUGAUUUGCAAUCAAUACAGGGUUUGUAGUAAUAACAGAUUUUUAAUGUGGAUUUUUACAAUGAUGAUUUGAGCUAUGCUGGGAUUGAUAAUAAUGUAUUUUGAACAAAAAUAUUUUACAAUUUUUGUAAAUUAUAAUUGCUGUUGUAUAUUAUUUGUCUGUACAAUAUAAUUAUGUAUACAGUGUAA